CUUACCAAUUCUUCCUCUGACGCUUUUGAAUUUGAAUUUCUUUCAAAUCUUCAACGGUCAAUAUUCAAAUUCUGUCACCCCCCUAACAAACUCUCUCUCUCUCUCUCCAAUCUAAUUUGAAUGCUUCUCUUGAAUUCUUCUUCGCUGCUCUGCUUUGAAAUGUACUUGUUGUCCCAGCUGUAACGUUCGCAUUUAAAUUCAUCGGCCACACAACACGAACCAAUUCCACCAACUUCAGAUUAUUGAAUCGCACAACUGUUUCCUUCCAUUCUCCUCUCUGAUUUCUUCUCUUCUUCCAAUCUUCAAAAAUGGUGUUAGGAUGGGGAAGAAGAAGCAACAAGACCAGAAAGCCCAAACUGGAUCUUGUUAUUCCAAACCAUUUCAUCUGUCCUGUUUCUCUUGAUUUGAUUAAAGACCCCGUCACGUUAUCAACUGGAAUUACCUAUGAUCGUGAAAGCAUCGAACGCUGGUUCGAGCAAGGGAAUUUCACGUGCCCUGUCACCAAUCAGAUUCUCUCCAGCUUUGAUCUCGUUCCUAAUCACUCGCUUAGGGUUAUGAUUCAGGAUUGGUGCGUUGAGAAUCGACGAUUUGGGAUCGAGAGAAUUCCGACUCCCAGAAUACCUGUUACUCCAAUCCAAGUCGAAGAGAUUCUUUUUCAACUCGUGGCCUCGGCGUCGCGUUUGGAUCGUUAUGGUUUUCUGCAAGGCGUAGAUAGAAUCAAGGAAUGGGGUUCCGAGAGCGAGAGAAACAGGAGGUGUAUUGUGGACAAUGGUACUCCUAGUGUAUUGGCCUCUGCAUUUCGUGAAUUUGCGAAUGAUUCUAUUGAGGAAAAUGUAAGUGUGCUAGAGGAGAUUUUGAAUGCCCUAAAUUGGAUGCUUCCACUUCAACUCGAAGCCCAGAAAAUUUUGCAAUCUUCAGAUGCCUUGCGUUGCUUGGUUUGGUUCUUCGGACACCAAGAUCUUUCCGGAAAACAGAACGCCAUUGUUGCUUUGAGACAGAUCCUUUCCUCUGGUGAUAAACACACUUUUGAGACUAUGGCAGAAAUUGAAGGGACCAUUGAGCCAUUGGUGGAGUUCAUUAACAAAAGAAUUAACCCAACAAUCACAAAAGCUUCACUAGGGAUUGUUUAUUACUUGGUUUCAUCUUCUUACCCAUCAAGUGAGAAGGUGAAGCUUGAAUUUAUUGAGCUGGGUUUGAUCUCUUCACUUCUAGAGAUCCUAAUUGACGCAGACAAGAGCCUAUCUGAGAAGGCUUUAGGUGUUUUUGACUCACUCUGUGACUGUCAAAAAGGAAGAGAAAAGGCCUUCAGUAAUGCUCUUACAGUUCCUGUACUGGUGAAGAAGAUUUUGAGGAUUUCAGCUUUGGCAACAAAUUACUGUGUGUCUGCUAUGUGGAAGUUGUGCAGAUAUGGAUCUAAAGACGAUGAUGAAGAUGAAGUAGAAGAAGCUCUGAUUGAAGCACUUCAAGUUGGUGCAUUUCAGAAGCUGUUGGUGGUGUUGCAGGUUGGUUGUGGUGAUGAGACAAAGGAGAAAGCAACAGAGCUUCUGAAAUUGUUCAAUCCUUAUAGGGCUGGUUUGGAAUGCAUAGACUCAGAUUUCAAGAACCUGAAGAGAUCAUUUUGAAAUUCAAUUUCUUUUUAGAUUUUGAUGAAGAUAGAUUUACGUCCAGAGAGUUAGGAAAAGAUAGGGCUAGUGUCAUAUAUAGGUUUGAAAAGAAUCCAUGAAUAGAGGUUCUAGAGUAUAUAGGAGAUUCAUGUUGUACAGUUAAAUAAAAUUAAGAUUAUAGUUACAUGCAAUAGUUUGUGUUCUUUGUGAUUUUAUGCAGCACUGCUUGAAAAGUAGAAUUUUCAAGAGGUUUGAAGAAAAUGUUGAAAGAAUUGAAGCUUAUGGUACAUUGAUGUGUGUUUUUGUUUUGAACAUCAGGAUUAAGAUAUUCAAACAAUGUAAGAGCUAUUUGUUUUGCCAAAACAUAAUUUA